AUGUUAAGAACAGCAUUAGGAGCAUCAAAACACAGUCGAGCAUUUAGAAGAGCCAUGGCCUUAGAACUUCGUCCCUUGCGCUCAUACUCAGUCGAGCAACCACCCCCACAACCAAUCACGGAAACAAAAUUCGCUGCUGUCAAAGACUACAUGAAAAAAGUACAAACAGAGGAUACCCAAGAAUCUGAAAAAGUUUUAAAGUUCUUUAGAAAGAUGGGAGCCAUUUCAAUCGUCGCUGUAUUGGCAUCUAUUGCAUAUGCUGCAUAUGAGCAAUCAUAUAAUGGUAAUUCACAAAUUGUUGAAGAACAACAGCUCAUCAAAUUGCCUGACUUGUCACAGGAUAUAAGAUACCAACAGAGAGGAGACGAGAAGUAG